CAUUUGUGCCCAGGACAAAAUAUUUUCCAUCUGCAGGAGUGGAAACAUCGGCGCCAUUGGGGAAAGGUCUUUUUGUUCCUAGCUCUGUCCUAUACACAGAAAACUGGAAUGUACCAAAACCAAAACCACACUAAAGACACCAACAACAACUGCCAAAAAAGCCUUCUCUGUGGUCAAAAGGAAAAGCUCAUCCAGGCUAUUAAAAGAAUCAAGCAUGAGGUAGAUGAGUGCAGAGAAGCAGAAAGAGAGACAUACAUAGAAUCAGUGGAAGUAGAGAACAGGUUUGAUGACCUAGAAAGGGAAAUCAGAGCAGAGUUUCAGAACCUCCACCGCUUCCUGGAUGAGGAGGAGUGUAGGGACCUGGAGCGACUGAGGAGGGAGAGACAGAAGCAACUGAAACAGCUGAAGGAGAGGGAGAAGAAGAUAGCGGGGCAAGGGCGAGAUCUGGAAAAAGCCAUCUCAGUGCUCAACAACAAGCUGACUGAAGAGGACAGUCCUAAGCUGCUGAAAGAAAUUCAAGAUCUCAUUAAAAGAUCUCAGGUCAGCUUUGUUCUCCCAGCGGAGGUGGACACAGAGGUUCGCUCUGGCCAGUUUGUCGGUCCCAUCCAGUACAGAAUAUGGAAACACAUGAAGAGCUGCCUCUACCCAAAUAUUACAUCAGUGACCUUUGACCCUGAAACAGCACACCCGAAUCUGACUCUCUCCCAGUCCUGCACUUCAGUUUGGUUCGAUGAGGAUAAAGACACAAAAGACUUCCAGGCCAACCCGCGGCAGUUUCACUAUUACUACUGCGUGCUGGGCCGUGAGGGCUUCACCACGGGGCGACACUACUGGGAGGUGGAGGUUGGGGGCAAGACGGCGUGGAGGUUGGGUGUGGCAAGAGAAGACGUCCCAAGAGGGGAGAUGUCUGCCACAGGCACCUCCAACGGCCUGUGGACCUUGGCACUGAAGAGCGGCUCUAUCCUAGCCUGCACUGACCCAGACCCGAUAAAGAUCAAGGUGUCGCUCUGCCUCGUCCGCAUUGGCGUCUUCUUGGACUGUGAAAAGGAGGAGGUGACUUUUUAUAAUGCCCUUACCAUGGCACCGAUCUACACCUUCUCCAUGGGCGCUGUGGAGGUACCUCUGUUUCCCUUUUACAACCCAUGUGACACAGAUUAUGGAAAGAAUACGGCACCACUGAACAUCUUUAUCCCUUCCCUAUAAGAAGCUGGAACCGAACAUUAAGACAUUAGCAGAAUUAAUUGGCAAUGAUUUCAUCAUGAUUUUUCAUUUUUAAAGCACCUCUCCAACUGGAUUACUUAACAUCUUACUCAAGAGUAUAUUGGCUAGAUCAGUCAAAAAUAAAAUUAAUAGUUGCUACACUGAUUCUAUUAUGUCUCCCAUUAUAAGAUAAAGAAAGUGCCUCUCAUUGAUUAUGCACUUAUUUCCUGGUAAAAGAGGGUUUAAAUGGAAAAACUCAGUUAUGAAAUAAACACAGGUCACUGCUUCUGUAACUUUC